CUAGGGCUGAAAUCGACAUUUGCCUCUGGCAGGAAAAUGAACUUGUCAGUUUCAGUGUGCUUCAGACCCUCGACCCAAAGGAGCCAGGAAUUGCAGUAGCAAGUUACCUCUGAAUCUCAGAGCUAUAAAGGGUCUUCCCACCCCACCCUCAGACCUUCAGUCUUGCUGCCAGCCGCAGGACUCCAAAGACAUCACGUGGCAGCGUGGAGCCCGCCUCCUGAUGACGUCACACAACUCGCAGCAGAUGCGCUGAAGAAAGGAUGCUCUAGGAUGCUGUCCAGGUGGACGGCCACGCUGCAAGAUGCGGCAGUGCAGGAGUAACUAGCAUGGUCAGUGCAGGAGCCAUGAGUGCCUCUGGGAACCUAAUGGACUUCCUUGAUGAGCCGUUCCCUGAUGUGGGGACCUAUGAAGACUUCCACACCAUAGACUGGCUGAGGGAAAAGUCCCGGGACACUGACAGACAUAGAAAGAUAACCAGCAAAAGUAAGGAGUCUAUUUGGGAGUUCAUCAAGAGCCUGCUAGAUGCUUGGUCAGGAUGGGUGGUGAUGCUACUCAUUGGGCUCCUAGCAGGUACUUUGGCUGGAGUCAUUGAUCUCGCUGUUGAUUGGAUGACGGACCUCAAGGAGGGGGUCUGUCUGUCUGCAUUCUGGUAUAGCCAUGAACAGUGCUGUUGGACAUCCAAUGAGACGACUUUUGAGGACAGAGACAAGUGUCCCCUGUGGCAGAAGUGGUCAGAGCUUCUUCUGAGCCAGUCUGAGGGUGCCAGUGCUUACAUUCUGAAUUACUUAAUGUACAUUCUAUGGGCCUUGCUGUUCGCAUUUCUGGCUGUCUCCCUGGUACGUGUGUUUGCACCAUAUGCCUGUGGCUCUGGCAUACCUGAGAUAAAGACUAUUUUGAGUGGCUUUAUCAUCAGGGGCUACUUGGGGAAAUGGACUCUUCUAAUCAAGACUGUCACCCUCGUGCUGGUAGUAUCCUCUGGCCUGAGCCUUGGGAAAGAGGGGCCACUGGUACAUGUGGCAUGUUGCUGUGGCAACUUCUUCAGCAGCCUUUUCUCCAAGUAUAGCAAGAAUGAAGGCAAGAGGCGUGAGGUGCUUUCAGCUGCAGCUGCUGCUGGUGUCUCUGUAGCCUUUGGUGCUCCCAUAGGAGGUGUGCUUUUUAGUCUGGAGGAGGUCAGUUACUAUUUUCCCUUGAAAACCUUGUGGAGGUCAUUUUUUGCAGCCCUAGUGGCUGCCUUCACACUGCGCUCUAUCAACCCCUUUGGAAAUAGCCGCCUGGUUCUCUUUUAUGUGGAGUAUCAUACACCUUGGUACAUGGCUGAACUCUUCCCUUUCAUCCUGCUUGGAGUCUUUGGGGGUUUGUGGGGAACCCUCUUCACACGCUGUAACAUCGCCUGGUGCCGGAGGCGUAAAACCACCAGGCUGGGGAAGUAUCCAGUGUUGGAGGUCAUUGUGGUGACAGCCAUCACGGCCAUCAUUGCCUAUCCCAAUCCCUACACUCGCCAGAGUACCAGUGAGCUCAUAUCUGAGCUAUUCAAUGAUUGUGGGGCUCUUGAGUCUUCUCAGCUCUGUGAUUACAUCAAUGACCCCAACAUGACUCGGCCUGUGGAUGACAUUCCGGACCGGCCAGCUGGAGUUGGCGUUUAUACAGCAAUGUGGCAGCUGGCCUUGGCACUGAUCUUCAAAAUAGUCAUUACUAUAUUUACCUUUGGCAUGAAGAUUCCCUCAGGUCUCUUCAUCCCCAGUAUGGCUGUAGGCGCCAUGGCAGGCCGGAUGGUGGGAAUUGGAGUGGAGCAGCUGGCCUACCAUCACCAUGACUGGAUCAUCUUCAGGAACUGGUGCAGGCCUGGAGCGGACUGUGUCACACCAGGGCUUUAUGCGAUGGUGGGAGCUGCAGCCUGUCUAGGUGGAGUGACUAGGAUGACUGUGUCUCUGGUGGUCAUCAUGUUUGAAUUGACUGGAGGUCUGGAGUAUAUUGUACCCCUGAUGGCAGCCGCUGUCACCAGCAAGUGGGUGGCUGAUGCCUUUGGGAAAGAAGGGAUCUAUGAAGCCCACAUCCAUCUGAAUGGGUACCCAUUUCUUGAUGUGAAGGAUGAGUUCACCCACCGCACCCUGGCCACUGAUGUGAUGCGGCCCCGGAGGGGAGAACCACCACUGUCGGUACUAACCCAGGACAGCAUGACUGUGGAGGAUGUGGAGACUCUCAUCAAGGAGACAGACUACAAUGGCUUUCCUGUGGUGGUCUCCAGAGACUCAGAGCGUCUCAUUGGCUUUGCCCAGAGGCGGGAGCUAAUUUUGGCUAUAAAAAAUGCCAGACAGAGACAAGAGGGCAUCGUGAGCAAUUCCAUCAUGUACUUCACAGAGGAACCCCCUGAGCUGCCUGCCAACAGCCCACAUCCACUGAAGCUGAGGCGCAUUCUGAACCUGAGCCCUUUCACUGUCACAGACCACACCCCGAUGGAGACAGUGGUGGACAUUUUCCGGAAACUGGGGCUCCGACAAUGCCUAGUGACACGGAGUGGGAGACUUCUUGGGAUCAUCACAAAAAAAGAUGUUUUGAGACACAUGGCCCAGAUGGCAAACCAGGACCCUGAAUCCAUCAUGUUUAAUUAGCAAUAAGAUGGAAAUUAUUUUGAGAAGACCAAUAAUUAUAUCAUUUUUUAAGAAAUAACCAGAUGAUACAUUAUGAUUCUAAUGAAAAAACAUGCACCGAGGGCAGCAAAAAACAAAAGCUUUGUUUGAAAAGAGGGAGAAAAGAAUGAAACCUUUUUUAAUGGCAAAAUCAUAAAUUAGUAGGCAUUUUAUAGCUUAAACUUCAAAGCUGUGUUUCUUAAUAAAUUUACUAACUGCUUUGGGGGUAUGUGGGAGGGUGUAAAUGACAAGAAUUAUAUGAAGACAUGGAACACAGAAGCACCUUCAGUCAAGGUUGAUAUUCAUAAUUUUGGAGUAUACAUGAAGUUUUGAGUCCAAAAGACAAAGGGCUAUUCGCAUGCUACUGUUAGAUAUUGGUUCCUAAAAUUUUGCUAUGAUGUUACAGAAUCAUACUGAAGAUAUUGCACUUACUUAGUUGAAAGAGAAAAGAAAAUUAAAGCUGGAUACAGAGAAAGCUACAAGCAGGCCCUGAUAAGGGGUAUACUUUUGACCAUCUCAUUUCUUGCCUUUUUUCUCAAGCCCAUUAUUCUGUUUCUUUAUUAGUCUGAACCAGAAUCAGUAGUGCACACCAUAGUGAGCUUGAAGUGAAAGACUUCUCUACAGAAGACCUUGAGAUUGGUCUAAACUUUUGGACUAUGAACCAUGUAGUGCUAUAUGGACAUUUCUCUUAUAAAGGUGGACACAUUUUUACUUCGAGGGGAUACCAGCCUCAUCACUGGUUUGCAACCUCAAAGCAUCAACUUCACUUAUUUAUAUGGUUACUUGUACAUUUGAUGUAUUGAUCAGUCCAGCACUUUCCAUGGAUUAUUGCCUGUGUGCUCCUGGAUUGCUGUAGUGUGUUUUUGUUUCCAAGUAGCAUGUGCAAUACUCAAAACCAGCUACCUAGUGUUUCUACUUAACUUUCUUCUCAGGUCUUCCAGAUAGAGCCAUGAUGAGAGUGAAGCAUAUGAGUUCUCAGUGGGAACUCCUCCAAAUGGAUUACAAGAGAAAUAGUAAAUUGAUUCUAAAUCUGUUCCAUUCUCUUCUCUGUAGGAUAUAAAAUGUCCAGUUUUAAUGCCUAAACAUGUACUUUCAAACUAGCAAUCACAGCACGGGACAGAGUUACAUUUUAUACAGCCAAUUGAAGCACUGGGUCUCUUUGUGUUUGAACUUAAUGCCACUUUUAUUCUUUACAUUCUGCACAUCUGUUUUUUUCUGCAGGAAGGAAUUAGUGUUUCUGGGCCAUUGCACGAUCUAUGUAAGAUUUGUGUCAUUUGGCAUUUCACUUCAUCUUUGCUCCUCACUUUUCACUGUGUUGUCAUCCUUCUUUUCAAUCUUAUUGUCAUUGGGUGUUAUUGUAUCAGGUACAUGUGCACUUGAUUGUAUGUAACAGACACUGAUAGUGCGCCUAAGAAACCCAUGACAUUGCCCCUCCAGGACAGUCUUUACACUAUUGCCAGGGUUCCAAAUUCUUCUGGUAUUUCAUUUUCACUUUUCUUAUUCUCUGUCCCUUGGCUUACUGCCUUAGUUGUAAAAAUAUUGCCCAGAUGCCAGGUGUGAUUUCUACUUACUCUCUGUGUCGGAAGAAGGAGGAAGAGGCAAGUCACGAGAUGAAAUAUGUAUACAUUUCCCAGAGAUGCUCAAUAUACAACCAUUGGCUAGAAUUCUGUUAUAUGCCCCAUUCUCCUAGAUGUCUGUAAGUACAGGAAGGAAAAUUUUUAGCUAAACACAUUACUUUCUGGAUGAAAUUUAGAUUCUGUUAAUCGAGAAAGGGGAUUAGUAUCUGUCAUAUUAAAUUCCAACAUCAUGUCCCUACCAUUGUCUUUGGUGUGUUUUUUACUCUCUGAUGCUUGAUAACCUGAAUAUUCCUCCAAACAUUCUUAUAACUGUUUUGCAUCUUAUCCAG